AUGAACAUUCAAGAAUAUUUCUCAAGAAUUUCUUAUCAUGGGUCCCAUAAGGAUGCAGACUUGAAAACCUUAACAGUCAUCUUCCAGCACCAUGUCCAGGCGAUUCCUUUUGAAAAUCUCAGCAUGCACUGUGGGGAGAGCAUUGAUCUGGAUUUGGAACCUAUUUACAACAAGAUUGUGAGAAAGAAACGUGGUGGAUGGUGCCUGGAAAACAACUACCUUUUAUUUUGGGCUUUGCAAAGAAUAGGAUAUGACGUCUCUAUUCUUGGAGGCAAUAGUUAUGAUCCAGCAGAGAAAACAUACACCACCAACAUAAAUCAUGUCCUACUGAAGGUAGUGAUCGAUGGCAAUCCCUACAUUGUAGACGGUGGUUUUGGUGGCAUCUAUCAAAUAUGGCAGCCAAUGAUGUUGAUUUCUGGGAAGGAUCAACCUCAGAUUCCUGGCAUCUUUCGCUUCACAGAGGACAAUGGUAUAUGGUACCUUGAGAAAAUAAAAAGGAAGAAUUAUAUUUCAGAACAAAGUGCCCCUUCGACUGAUACUCCAGAAACAGGGAAGAUCAGAAAAAUGUGUUCUUUCACUCUUGAGCCACGACAUAUGAAUGACUUCCAGGAGCUAAACACAUACCUACAGACGUCUCCGGACACCUUAUUUCGGAAAAAGUCAAUCUGCUCUCUCCAGACCACUGAAGGGGUUUGUGCCUUAGUUGGAUGGACCUUCACCGAGGUGAAGUACAACUACAUGGAGGACAUGGACCUGGUGAAGAUCACAACUCUUACAGAUGAAGAGGUUGAGAAGACACUGAAAGAUAAAUUCAAUAUAACCUUAGCGAACAAACUUAUACCAGUAAAUGUUCGUGGCCUGCCACCUAAUUUAGUGGAUAUGCUCUAA